UCACGGGUUUCAAAGCUUCUGAAUUCAUGUAUGUGUUCUAGACAGGAAAUCUAAGACUGUGAAACGUGCGAUCACCGGAGUUGCUCAAAGGUACAGGGAAACUCGUGUUCCGGCGAGCUCGCAGGCGGAGGUCGGCUAUGGCUGUCUCUGGAAAUUCUUUGGGCAUUACGUCGUCAACAUCCACUCCUGCCAACCCAUUUACAUUCUCCAUCGAUUCGACGCCGCCUCCACUCUCCCUCUCGACGGAUCAGUACCGCUACUGCACUGAUGCAUUGAGAUUCUUCAAGGAGAAGCUCCAGACUCCCCAGGAGAUUCUCAGAGAAUUUGAUAUCUUAGAGGCCAGUAGUAACUCAGAGGCGAUGGGUAGAUUUUCUGUGGCCCUUGGCAGCAGUAAUAAAAGAAAAAAUCGCUACUCAAAUAUUUUACCUUUUGACGACAACAAGGUUGUUCUGAAUUCAAACAAAGAUUGUGGACUUUCAGCAGGGGGUUACAUCAAUGCAAGCUACAUUGAGAUCUCUUCAUCAGAAAGCAUAUCUAGGUUCAUAGCAACUCAAGGUCCAUUACCUAAUACAUUGGAAGAUUUCUGGGAGAUGAUAAUUCAGAACCAUUGCCCUGUUAUUGUGAUGCUCACUCGAUUGUUUGAUAACUACAAUACUGUUAAAUGUGAAGAUUAUUUUCAGGCAGAGGAUGGUCCUAGAGAUUUUGGCAACAUUGUUAUCGCUACAAAAUCGCUUAGAGAAACUAACACUGCAUUGGUGAUGCGCCAUAUAGAGGUCAACUACAAAGAGUCGAAACAGCUCCCAUCGUCUGUUUUGCAUAUUCAGUAUCCCAAAUGGCCUGAUUUUGGAGUUCCCAAGGAUACCUUUGCUGUCCGUGAAAUACUGAGACAGACUUAUUUUAUACCGCCUAGUUUAGGGCCGAUCGUGGUUCAUUGCAGUGCUGGUAUUGGUCGAACUGGAACAUAUUGCACUAUUCACAAUACUAUUCAGAGAGUUUUGGUUGGAGACAUGUCUGCUUUGGAUUUGGUAAAAACCGUAAGAAUGUUUAGGUUGCAGCGGAUUGGAAUGGUUCAAACAGUGGAGCAAUACCAUUUUUGUUACACAACCAUUGUUGAUGAACUUGAAGAUCUUGUCUCCGGAUACAACAGUUGAGGGAACUCGCUAUUUACAGCCAUGAUCAGAAGUCUCAUUUCGUAAGACACAUCGCUAGAGUUCAUGCUUGUUCAUUCCUGAUAUGUACAUCACAUGCUCGGGUUUCUACCAUUUAACUCUUGAUUCCUUUGAUAUACACAUUUGAUUUGGUGUACUCUUGAAAAAGUCGAUAAUUCAGAUAAAGUAUAAAACUAGCAUCUGCAGAUGGCUAGAUCAAUGAUUGGAAGCAUCAUAUGAUUAAUUAGAGCUUAAUUCCAAACUAUUCAUUGAUCUCCAAUAGUUCUAGUUUAGUGUAAGAAAUAAGUAGGGAAUGAUAUGUAUUCACUGUCCGACCCUCUAUAAUUUGUUGAAAUGGUUGUAGUUCACUGAAUGUCUUUAAUUUACAUUGUGGAUAAUUUGUGUAAUUUUCUGAAA